AUGGCUUAUUGCGAGGAAAAAAUACCAUACGAAGACAAUCUACAUGCUGCUCAAAAUCAACAUGGAAAUCCAUUCUCCAGCUACAAUACCACCUCCACAAUACUCUCUGAUAACGAGAUUCUUUCCCAAGCACAAGAAUCCAUCCAUCACAGUCCACCACCCGAUUACUCACAUCCAAAACUUCCCCGACCUAUCGCAGUACCACAAAUCGUGCCUGGAAUCGGAAAGCCAUUCGCUCGCAUGUACGCACCCGCACUCUCUGACUACAACCUCAACUCGCAAGAUUUUGUGGAAUUCAUUGAUAAUCUAAAUGUCGUCGCCGGCGAGAACCCGCCUAUACAAAUUAUCGAUCUAGUGGGUGAUGCACUAGACACGAUAUCAUAUCACUGGGCACAACUCACCGAAAGCGGCGUACAGAUCCCCACACACCUAGGGAGCGCAGCCGUGACCAAGAGCAGAACAGAUACUUACAUACAAAAUGCCAAUGCGAAGAUUUUUGCUCCUCGAGGACUGAAGGCUUCGAUUGCUACCAUGGAAGCUAUGGCUGCUGUAUUACAGCUACCGCCUGAUACACUGAGAUCAAUUACAGUGACUGAUGAAAACACCUAUGCUACUGUUUUGGAAAGACGGAUGAGUGCAGUAAGACCAUAUGUGAUGGAAAUAACACUUGAUGUUCCUCCACCAGCUGCACAAAUGAAUGAAAUGGCCCAGAUGAGCGCGGCGCAAGUAGAGAGACAGAUAUUUCGGAAUGACAAUCGAGCCCAGAGAGAAGAAAAUAAGAUUACCGCGAAGAGCGAUAAGCGGGAAAACAAGGCACAGAGAAAGAUCGAGAAGGUAGAAAGAGAAAUGAGGAGAUUGGAUUUUGGAAUUGAGAGAUCGCAAAGAGAACUUGGGGACUUGAGAUCUAGAGAACCUGAUAAGAAAGCGGAUAAGACAGAGCGCAAAUUGGAAAAGGAGAGGAGAAAGCUAGAGGACGCGAAGGGGAAAUUAGAUUAUACAAGAGGUGAGAAGAAUGAGGGUGUGAGUGAUGGAGGGAGAGAAGGUAGGAGAGAAAUUGAGGAUAGCAGGACAAAAGAUAGGAAGGCAUAUAAGGAGGUGAGACGGUCAAAGAAGAUCUUGUGGAUCCUGAUUGAGAAUCUAUAA